AUGCCAACACCGGAAUUCAAGCUGUCUAAGCCCCUGGAGGACGACAGCGACGUCGAGAAGGCCAACGUCGCAAACCUCGUUGCUUUCGCCAUCAUAGUGGUAGAGUCGAGGAUGAAUCGUGGCCAGGAGGAUAAGUUCAAAAGUGGCCAAGGGGGCGGUGAGACAGUGGAUCAAUCAAAGCGAAGCCGAGAGGGACUCGGACCUUUUUGGAGGUUCUCUCACGCAUCUGAGCGAGGAUUGGACGACCGCAACGAACAUGCCUUCGAUGCAGAUUCCGACUUCUUGCUUUGGGGAGAGCGUGAGGGGAUUCCACGCGCAAGGUUGGUCAUCGUCAACGCCGCGGGCUCUUGUCGCGGGGAGAUGAGUAGCGGGCCCUCAGGAAGUUCACGGCCCUUGUAUUUGCAAGCCCUUGGGGAAAAGGGAACGAAUCUGCACGAUCAUCUUCACAUGGACUGCUCAAGGCAUCCACGUGCUCUCAAGGACCUCUUUGCCGACCUCAGUUUCAAGAAGGAGUAUGGCCUCGGGGCCGUAAACUCCAUCAACUGGGCCCGCAUCAUGUUUCAAAUCACGUACUACUUCUACACCUACUACAAGCUCUUUCCCAACUGCGACGGCGAGAUUAGCUUCAGCGUGCCCACGGGCAACUUUGGUGACAUUUUAGCCGGGUACUACGCCCGACUUAUGGGCCUGCCCGUGAAGCACCUCAUCGUGGCGACCAACUCCAACGACAUCCUUCACCGCUUUUUCACCAGCGGCAAAUACGACAAGUAUCCAGUGAAGCAGACGAUGUCUCCCUCCAUGGACAUCGGCAUCAGCAGCAACUUCGAGAGAUACCUCUUCGACCUCUUUGGCAAAGAUGCUCAGAAGCUUCAAAAGGCAAUGCUGGAAUUCAAGUCUUGCGGCAAGCUUCAUGUGGACGGAGAGGAACUUCAGAGGGCGCGGAAAGACUUCGUGUCUGCUUGCGCGACCGAGCAGCAUCAGACAGACACGAUCAGGCAGUACGAAACCAGCUUCGGCUACACCCUUUGCCCCCACACUGCCUGCGGCGUCUCCGCAGUCGACCAGUUGCGGCAGAGCCUCAACUGGGCGUCUGUGCAAAACCACAAGAUGGUUGUGCUGGCGACGGCACAUCCUGGCAAGUUUGCUGAUAGCGUGCACGCAGCUACUGGCACGCCGGUGAAACUUCCUCCAGCCUUGUCAGCUUUACAGUCCGCACCCACCCGGUUCCAGGUCUUGGGCAACUCCGCCAAAGCCGUGCGCAAUGCCAUCGAGACUACGGUGAACGGACAGGUCAGUACCGGUGUAUUGGCAUCCUUUCUGCAUCUGCUACGCAAGAUGCUCCCCUGCUGCUAG